AUGACUAUUGAUGACGUAGAAUUCUCAGUUUUGGACGGUAAGGGACAAGCAUUGCUUAGUAAAGACACGUCAAUUAGUCUCAAUGUGCUAAGGAUCGGACCAGAAGUGAAUUUGGUCAAAGAGGACAUCAUGAGCGAAAACCCAGAAUUGUUCAAAGGAAUAGGGAAAAUGAAAGAUUUUCAAUUGCAAAUUCCCAUUGAUGAAAAAAUCGAGCAAGUUGUUCAAUCGGAAUAUUUGAUUGUUAAAAACGAAUUGUCGGCUAUCGGAUUCUUAGUGCUUCGAGGUACGCGAAUAGUGGUACCAAAAGAAUUAAGAACGAAAAUACUCGAAGCGGCACAUAGUGGUCAUCCUGGUAUAGUGUCAAUGAAACAGUCACUUCGUACACGCGUAUGGUGGCCACAGAUAGAUCAAGAUAUAGAGAAAUAUUGUAAAUCUUGUCAUGGGUGUCAAUUAGAAGGCCCUCCGGCGCCUCCGGAGCCGCUAAAACCGACGGAACUACCUAGUGGACCGUGGGAAUAUUUAGCAUGUGACUUAUUAGGACCACUUCCGACAGGUGAACAUUUAGUCGUGGUAAUAGAUUUUUACAGCCGAUUUAUGGAAAUAGAAAUCGUAAAAUCCACCACAUCGGAAAAUAUUGCUACAGUUCUUAUGAAAAUGUUUGCGAGACACGGAACAUGCUUCCUUUAA